GCAGGAGGUGGGUCGUUUUGGGAAGCCCCAGCUCGACAACUCAUUUCUUGUAAAUUUAAGGGGGGGGAGGAGAGCGAGAGACGCUCCCUAUCUGGCCUCAAGGGGCGCUCCUUUUCCUCUUCUCCCCACCUCCUCCUCUGCGCUCCCCUCCGCGAGAAUGGGCUGACCCGGAUUUCCUCCGGGCGGUGUCAAGCCGCUGAGGUCAGGCCCGGGCUGUGGCGCUGCUGAGUCUGCAGAGCAUCAUGGCGUAUCCUGGGCAUCCCGGCGCUGGAGGCGGCUACUACCAGGGCGGGUAUGGGAGUGCUCCUGGAGGUCCGGCAUUUCCUGGUCAAGCUCAGGAUCCCUUAUAUGGUUAUUUUGCAGCUGUUGCUGGGCAGGAUGGGCAAAUAGAUGCUGAUGAGCUUCAAAGGUGUCUGACCCAAUCAGGCAUUGCAGGAGCAUAUAAACCGUUCAACUUAGAGACAUGCAGGCUCAUGAUCUCCAUGCUUGAUAGAGACAUGUCUGGCACAAUGGGCUUUAAUGAAUUCAAAGAGCUUUGGGCUGUGCUGAAUGGCUGGAGGCAGCAUUUCAUGAAUGUUGACUCAGACCACAGUGGUGCAGUGGAUUCUCAAGAGAUGCAGAAAGCUUUGGCAACCAUGGGAUUUAGGUUGAGUCCACAAGCAAUCAACGCUAUAGCAAAACGGUAUAGUUCUCAUGGAAAGAUAACAUUUGAUGACUACAUUGCUUGCUGUGUUAAACUCAGAGCUCUCACUGAUAGCUUUCGAAGAAGGGAUGCAGCCCAGCAGGGAAUGGUGAACUUCCAAUAUGAUGAUUUCAUUCAGUGUGUCAUGAGCAUCUAAUUUGUAAUGAAGGAAGAGACUGAGCAUGAUCAACAUUCCACUUUGGUUUUUGCUUUGCAUCCCCAAAAAUCAUGGCUGUAUAACUAAAUGGUAUUUGCAUAUUUUAUUAAUAUUGAUUUAUAUGCCUUUAUAAUUUUGAUAACUAACAAAAAGAAGUGAAAUAAAUCCUGUUUUGAGUUGA